UGCCCAAAGCCAUAGCCACCAUAAUUCUGAAACAGAACAGAGCUGUAAUCUCUUUUGUCUCGAUCUUUCUCAAAUUUUGAGCCUCAAUUUGAUUUCAUAGCCAUGGCUCCAGUGUUUGUAUCUCCAAUCAAUGUUGGGCACAUCGACGAUGUCCAAGAACUCAGGAAGUCCAAACUCACUUCCAUUCCUCAGAGGUUCAUCCGCGACAUAGCCGAAGACCCUUCACUCUCCACACUCACUCCUCCAUCACCAUCAUCAAAACCAUCAUUCACCGCCAUACCUGUUGUUGAUUUAUCAAAACUAACCCAAAACACCCAACUUUCAAAGCUCGCUACUGCCUGUCAGGAUUGGGGAUUCUUUCAGGUGAUAAACCAUGGGAUCGAUCCGGGUUUGCUUGAGAGGCUAGAGAAGGUGUCCAUGGAUUUCUUUAUGAUGCCUUUGGAGGAGAAACAGAAGUAUCCAAUGGCGCCAGGGACAAUUCAGGGAUAUGGACAAGCUUUUGUGUUCUCAGAGAACCAGAAGCUUGACUGGUGCAACAUGUUUGCACUUGGAGUGGAGCCCCACUCCAUAAGAAACCCAAAACUGUGGCCAACAAAGCCAACCAAGUUUAGUGAAACUGUGGAGGAAUACUCAAGAGAGAUAAGGGGACUGUGCCAAAAGUUGCUUAGUUUUAUAGCUACUGCCCUUGGGCUGAAUAAGGACACUUUUGAAGAGAAGUUUGGGGUGGCAGUGCAAGCUGUGAGGAUGAACUACUAUCCACCAUGUUCUAGACCAGACCUGGUUAUGGGUCUAAGCCCUCAUUCAGAUGGGAGUGCCCUCACAGUACUGCAGGAAAGGAAGGGCAGCCCAGUAGGCCUCCAAAUACUCAAAGACAAUAAAUGGGUGCCUGUUCAACCUAUUCCUGAUGCACUUGUGGUCAACAUUGGUGACACCAUAGAAGUUCUAACUAAUGGGAGAUACAAGAGUGUGGAACACAGAGCAGUGACUCACAAGGACAAAGACAGGCUCUCAAUUGCCACAUUCUACGCUCCAAGUUAUGAAAUAGAGCUUGGCCCAAUUCCAGAAUUGGUGAAUGAGAACAGUCCUUGCAGGUACAGAAGGUACAACCAUGGAGAGUACAGCAAGCACUAUGUCACUAACAAGCUUCAGGGCAAGAGAACUCUGGACUUUGCCAAGAUUAAUCCCACAAACUCAUCAUAAAUGGUUAGAUUGGAGGGUAUCCAUCCACUUAAUCUUCUGUUCCUAAUUUGUUCUGUUUCUCUGUCUCAAUAGACUGACAUGAAAAAUAUAAGUUCCUCAGUCCAUAGAAGUUGAAUAUUUUGACAAAGCUGGGGUCUUGUAGUAAUAUAAUUUAUAUAUAUAUGGAUGGUACUGUUUAUGUGUAAACUCAAAUCUAUGUAAUUAAUUAAUGGAAGCUUGUUGUGGGGUCUUUGUGUGAA